GCGUCACCGGGAUAGCAGAGGUCAAGCCAGUGUGCAAGGAGAGCUCCAGAAGAAGGCAGACCCGAGUCCGUGCAGUGCAUCUCCCGAGCUGCUCCCAGAGCCCGGGGGCUUCCUGGCGUGAAGGAGAGAGAACAUGUCCUACAGUGUCACUCUCAAUGGAAGCGGACCGUGGGGGUUCCGCCUGCAAGGGGGGAAGGACUUCAACCUGCCUUUGACCAUCUCCAGAAUUACACCUGGCAGCAAGGCGGCCCAGUCUCAGAUGAGCCAGGGGGAUAUGGUGGUAGCCAUUGAUGGCGCCAACACAGAUAGCAUGACCCACCUGGAGGCCCAGAAUAAGAUCAAAUCAGCAAACUACAACCUGAAUCUUACUCUUCAAAAAUCAAAACGUCCAGUUCCGUUGUCAACAGGCAGCGCAAGAAUUGAUUCUCCCAUGCCUGUGAUCCCUCAUCAAAAGGAUUCUGUUCUGGAAGUCAGUGGCAACCGAGUGAGCUUCAGUCCUCUAAAUAGUGCCUCAGCGGGGUCCAAGAAUAGCAUUUUAGCAAGCAAUGGUGCAUAUUCAGGCUACCUCAGCAAACAAGAGACCAGUCUAUCACAUAGCUCUUCCUUCUUAAUGACUACCAGCAUUAGAUCUUCCAUGUCCUCCUCUCAGUCUGUGACAUCUGACCUCUCACCAGCAAAAACUGACUUAGGUUCAAAAACAAGCACAAUAUUUACUGACGGCAAUAAACCGAAACACCAGCUGAGCCCCGCAAGGCAAUAUAACAACCCGAUCGGUCUUUACUCAGCAGACACUCUAAGAGAAAUGGCUGAGAUGCAUAAGUUAAGUCUCACCCGAAGGGCUUCAGAAGGUGGACUUCUGAGAGGUAGUCUUCCUGUAAAAGAUCCUCAUAUAGACAGUGCCUCUCCAGUGUAUCAGGCUGUACUUAAAACUCAAAGCAAGUCUGACGAUGAGCUUGAUGAUUGGAGCCGCCGAUCUUCCAACUUGCAGUCGAAGUCCUUCCGCAUCCUUGCUCAGAUGACGGGAACUGAGUACAUGCAAGAUCCAGAUGAAGAUGCCUUGAGAAGAUCAAGGUAGGCAA